CAAUCAAAAGCACUGCAAUUUUCUGCAAACCAAAUCGAUCACAUCCAAAUUCCAAUCCAAGAAACUCUCAGUCUCACACCACAAAAUCAUACAUUUUACAUUUGUUUUGCUAUUUCCUUUCCAUUGCUCCCAGCCAAAAUGAACCACCUCAAUAACGAAGCAUCCCAACCUCCCCUCUACCCCUCCGUUUCUCCUCCCACACACCAAAACACAAACCCUUUUCUCCCAACACCUCCCGCUGAAGACAUCAACCCUUUUCAUCAAACACCUCCGUCAAUGCCGCCAUCCUCUUCCGAAGAAACACCUCCUCACGAUGCAUCCUCACCGCAGAAUGAGAAAACCCAAGAACCAAAACAAGCUACUCAUGAUCAAGAUAUUCCAUCCUCAUCAAGCGGCUCAUCUCCUCCGUCAAUCCCACCAACUCCAAGUGAGGAAGAAAAAUCAGCGCAGUGGGGGACUCACGUCAUGGGGCACCCUGCCGUCCCAACUAGCCAUCCGGACAACAAAAAAGCAGCUCUGUGGGGUGCUGCCGGAACCGAGCAAGCCCAGAAUCCCUACCUCCAGUACAAACCCCUUGACAAGUCCAACAACACCAGUCCAAUGGAAUCCAUGCUCCACGUCUUCAACUCCUGGACCAACAAGGCCGAGUCCAUGGCCAACAACAUCUGGCACAACUUGAAAACGGGGACAUCGGUGUCUGGAGCUGCGUGGGCGAAGAUGAACCUGACUGCGAAAGCAAUAACAGGAGGAGGAUUUGAGGCUCUGUACAAGCAGACAUUUGCGACUUAUCCCAACGAGAAGCUGCAUAAGUCAUUUGCCAGUUAUCUCUCCACAUCCACAGGACCAGUUGCCGGAACUCUUUACCUCUCCAAUUUCCAUACAGCUUUCUGCAGCGACCGCCCUUUGUCCUUCACCGCCCCCUCCGGCCAGGUCACCUGGAGCUACUACAAAAUAAUGGUACCAUUGGGAAAUAUUGCAACUAUCAAUCCAGUGGUGAUGAGGGAAAAUCCAAGGGAAAAGUACAUCCAGAUUGUGACGAUCGACGGCCAUGAUUUCUGGUUCAUGGGUUUUGUUAAUUACGAAAAGGCGUCGAGGCAUUUGACCCAAAGUAUUUCAACCUUUGUGGCAUCUGGAGUUGCCGUCAAACCAGCCGUUGCUGCUGACAAUGACAUUGCAUACCAGAAGCCUGACAAGGCUGACUAUUAGGAGAGUUACUAAUCUUGUUAAUAUUUUAUUGCUUCUCUGCUCUGCUCGUGAAAUUAUAUUGUCUUGCUCUUCUUUUACAAUUUUUAAUUCUCUCACCCGAUCGACCGAGAUUAUUUCGUUCCAUUUCCAAAUUUCUGGCCUGGCCAGUUAUAUAUACUCUUUCACUGAUUGUAAUUUCUUGAUUGUUAUAAUACGAUAAACCUCCGUGCUUGCUAAUCCCA